GCCUCCCGCGCGAACGCCGCGCGGCGUUUGGGGCGCGAGCAGCGGUUGACGCGUCCGGACGGAGUGCGCCGCGCGCGGGGGCGCCAGAUGAAGGGGGCGGGGUCAACAAGAGGAGCGCGCCCCUUGCCCGGUUUUGUCUAACAGGUAGCGAGAGAGCCGGAGGGGAGGGGGGAGCGUCGCGGCGCCGUUGCCAAGGAGACGCCGCGAGGGGCCAGGGAGGGACGUUCAUUGUGCCAAGCGGGUGGGGGAGUUAACAAGCGCUCAGGGCGUCCUGAGGAGAAUAAUCAGAGGGGGUCUUGAGAGAGACGCGGACAUUAACUCCCCACCCCCACCCCGGCAAUAAUUAGUUAUUUUUUUGCUGUGGGGGCGGGCAUGACAGCUGCCUGGCUGUCACACCCCCCUUCCUCACUAGGUGAACCCGCCCGUCACGCGCCCCACGCCGCGCGGCCGUUGAGGUGAAGCAGGAGGCGGGGGAUUGUUGCCUCCGAGGCGUCGUCGCUUACGCUGGCCGCUCAUUGGUCCGCCGGGAUUGAGAGGGAAAAGGAGGCGAAGGAGCGGGCGAGGCUGAGGAAGCUGAGUGGAGGAGCGACCGAGUGAGAGAGAGAGAGUGGGGGGAAAGGCAGGAAUAUUAGCUUAGUUUAGCUGCCGUCAUGAGCUCUAGGAAAUACCCCGGGCCCGGGCGCAGGAGGAGAAGAGAAAUUCUUUCCAAGGUACAGAGAGCGUACAUGGUACAUGGGCGUAGCCGGGGGGGAGGAGAGAGAAAGGCAGCUGCUUCCCCCCCCCCCCCAAAAUAACAUUUUUUUAAAAAAGUAGAAAUUGUAGAAAGAUUUUGAUAGAUUUUUCUCAGCGCUUUGGGACGUGGGGGUCAAAAGAAAGUAAUUUAAAAACCGAGCUCCGUCGGUUAGAGAGCAUGGCGCUGGAUCAUGCCAAAGUUUCAUGGGUUCGAUCCCUGUAUGGGACUGGGCAGCCGCCUAUUCCUGCAUUGCAGGUGGGUGGACCCUCAGAGGGACCCUUCCAACUCUGCAACUCCCAUAAUCAUACCAUACAUUUCAUUAUGGAAUCUGCUAGGCAGAGCCGAACGGAUGAUGAGGGCAAGUGGGUUGUCCUGCCCCAACGCCAACAUAAAUCAUGGCUACGCCCAUGGCCACCAAGGAAAUAGGAAGACACCCCAGUUGCAUGCCAGGCAGGCUGCAGAGAAAUGAGGUUUUAUGUAGGUGCGCUCACGGCGGCUAAGUCUGAGCAGUUGUAUUUGCUUGAAGGAGGUGGUGGUGUCUUUUACUUGUAAGCAUGGGUAGCUGCAAUCCUGAAAAACCCACACUGUGGAAUAGAUGGGUUUUCAGCUGUCCACUGCACCCCCGCAAAAAAGGUUGCAGAGUAGAAUGAAAGAAAAUCCACAAGCCCAGUAUGUCCCUAGUAUUAUCUAUGGGAAAUACAUCAGCCAUUUCCUCUCCUUCCCUUAGGGUUAUUUCUAAAGUUAUAUUUUAAAUAUAUAAAAUAAAAGUUUAAGAAGUUUCUGGUGUAGCAGCUACCCCUGAGUGUGCCUAGCCGUUAAGUCCUCAACCAAAACAAACUCUACUGUCAUGGCGACCGAUUGCCUUACAUGGUGUCAAGUAGGCAUGGCUUGACCCCUCCAGGUGCCUUUUUGCUUUUGCACAGAAUUAAUCCAGAGUCAGUUUCAUUCAGCAAACCUACUAAGCACGUAACUUUGAUCGCAAAUACAAGGGGGAGAAUUCCAGUUUAUUUUAGAAAGCAGAUGCUUCCUUCUCUUAACACUAAAUCAUCUAGCUCAGUAAACAUAUAAUCAUGGAGAGCAUAUAUAAGUGAUAGAUGUUUAUCUGGUAUUUUUAAAAUAUUCCUUUAAACACAAAAUUUACUGAAAUUCUAGCAUUGCUUUUUCAAAGUCAUUAUCAGACUUUUAUGUUUUACUAGAAAAAUCAGUGUGAAUAAGCUUUGAGUUCUGUGAUUUUGUUUUAAAGGUGUGUGUUAAUAUAAAAAGGGGAGUGUAUGAGAUUGGGAUUCAGCACUAUUUGCUGAGGCUUUCCGGAGUAUGAUUGCCUGCGUUUGUGUGUCAUAAUAUCCUCCACGUGACAGCCCUUUAGAUUUGGUAGUCAUCUUCAAACAUCUAAAGGGCUAUCAGAGGAUGGAUCAAGCUUGUUUUCUCCUGCUCUGGAGGCUAGGACCUGAACCAAUGAAUUCAGGUUACAAGAAGAGAUUCCAACUAAACACCAGGAAGAACUUCAAUGCAGUAAGAGAUCUUCAACAGUGGAAUGGACUCCCUUAGGAGGUUGUGAACUCUCCUUCAUUGGAGGUUUUUAAGGAGAGGUUGGAUGACCAUCAGUCAUGUAUGAUCUAGUUGAGAUUCCAGCAUUGCAGGGGGUUAGACUAGAUGGGGACCCUUUCAGCUCUACCUAUGAUUUUAUAUAGGAUUCUAUAUAAGGCUUCCCUGCUACUGAAAAUGUUGGUGCUUGCUAUUAUUGUAGUACAAAUAGAUUAAAAAUAAAAACCUUGUGAACAUUGGCAUGGCGGGGGGGGCGCUGCUGCCUCCCAAUCAAGUAAAUAAAUAAAAUUACUUAACUAAAAAUAAAAUUGUAGAAGGAUUUUGACAGAUUUUCUGAGCAUUUGUGGUCAAAAGAAAGUAAUUUAAAACAACAGCUGUUGAGACAUUUUAUUCUGAAUCUGUUAGACAGAGUCAUAUGGAGAAUAAUGACAGGUGGGUGUCAUAUGGAGAAUAAUGACAGGUGGGUGUCCUGCCUCUAUUAACAUAAAUCUGAGCUACACCCAUGCUUGUGAACUGUUAUAGAAGUAGGACUAAGCUCAACAUUUAAGAUGGCCCUAGUUAUUAAUUCCCAAUGUACACAUUGGGGAGAUUAAUUCAGUGGUACUUACUUCCCAGUAAACAUAGGAUUUGGUUGCCUAGGCAUUACCCUAACAAGGGAUGUGGGUGGUGCUGUGGUAUAAACCACUGAGCCUCUGGGGCUUGCUGAUCAGAAGGUCGGCGGUUUGAAUCCCCGCAACGGGGUGAGCUCCCGUUGCUCCACUAAUGCAAGCAGAAGCAGUAUAGUCAUGCUGACCAUGUGACCGGAAAGCUGUCUGUGGACAAACGCCAGCUCCCUCUGCCUUUGAGUGAGAUGAGCACCACAACCCCAUUGUCGCCUUUGACUGGACUUAACCAUCCAGGGGUCCUUUACAUUUACCUUUUACCUAACAAGUCUUUUUAAAAAAUGUAAUCUGCUAUUAAUAAAUAAUAAGUCACUUUCCAGACAAUUUACAAUAUUUUUAUCCACGUUUAUCCAAGCUUUUCAAAAGCUAUAGAAUACUUUUUCUGUUGUAUAAUGCAGUCAUAAGCACAUGUACUAGGGACUUAUGCCCCAUCAAGGAAGAGAUCAGUAAUCUCAGAUCUUAACAUGAUAUAUUGUGGUAAUUCAUCUAAUUAAUGUCUAAUUAAUGUUACUUAUCAUUUAUCAUAAAACAGAUCUUUAUAGAUUGAAGUAUUUUAUGUAUUAUGAAUAAUGUCAUCUUUAGGCACAGAGGAAAUAAAAGCAGAUAUAAUGGCAAAACUACUAUGGACACUUACAUGGGAGUAUCACAGAUUCAUAGGGCUGGAGGAGGCUUUAUAGGCUAUCUAGUCUAUCCCCCUGCUUGAUGCAGGAAAUCCAGAGCUGCUUCAUCCUGGAAAUAUGGUUGUCCAGCCUCUGCUUGAAGACCUCCAGCAAGAAGCAGCCAACCACCCCUGUAGGUAAUUGGUUGCAUUGUUUAACUGCCAUUACCAUCACAAAUUUUCUCCUAGAAAUCUUGUCUCAAGUCUCAUAUACGGUAAGCAACAUGCAUAUGCCUAAUUAAUGAAGAAAGGGGUUAACACCAUAGCACAUGCAUCCGCAAACUCGGUCCUUCAGCUGUUUUGGGACUACAGUUCCCAUCAUCCCUGACCACUGGUCCUGUUAGCUAGGGAUGGUGUAUGGAAAAUUCUGGUUGAUGUAUGGAAAAGCACAUGUACCUAACCUUUGAAGAGUUUGUAAGUAAACCAGUUUUUAACUUACCAAAUGUGUGGUGUUUUCCUUUGCUGGGAGAAGAGGGAAAUAUUGAAAUUCACUUGGAAGGACAUAUUUUAAGGGUAUGACAGCCUAUAUAGUUCCAUGCUUCACUUUGCUUCAUAUUUUGUGGCUUUAAAUCUCCUUGCCUUGUCUCACAAAGAGUAGUUGCUCCAAACUUGGAUCUUGGCAUCCAGGAUUUGCACCAACAAAUUUAACUUAAGCCUUUUAGAUCUAGUCCUAAUCUCUGGGACAAAAGAAAACAGGGUGCUCCAGACUUGGGUGAUUUAUUAGCACCCAAUUAUUGCUAUACUGCUGUAGCUUGUAAAUGGAAUAGCAACUCUGUUUCCAGACUUCAGGAAUCAAAAUAACAUUCUGUAGCCAGGUGGCCAGUCCCCUUUCACCCAGUCCCAGAUGUUAGGGGUGGGGAUAUUAUAUUGGACCAUAUGAGUGGAAAGUUUUAAAUAAUUCCUCUCCCUCGUUUUGCUCCUAAUUAUUAUUGCCUUGCCCCAAUUUGGGGUGGGGGGGGGGGAAGGAUAAGAUAUAGUAAAUGCAACACUAUGUGGAAAGGAAGGGUUAAAGUAGACUCUCAGGGAGGACAGAUGGACCAUAGAGAAGGAAAUGCCUAGAGCAAUCUAUCUAGGUUAUAACUGAGCCUGCAAACCACUGUACAAUCGUCCAUCUAAACCUGAGGAAAUUAUACAGCUGUCCCUUUGUGUUUUUUAAAAAAGUUGGAUUUUCUGAGCUUUGAAGAAAAUGAGAGCUGAUCAGGGAGCAGAAUGCUUUGUUCACAACAUUAUACAGAUGCCCUGUAAAAAGUGAGUGAAUGAAGUGUGGUUAUUCCACAAUAAAUAUCCAGAGUGGAAGCAGCCCUGGCCUUUUCCUUAUUUUUUCUUUUGGUAACAUAGUUUUUAUUCAUUUUCAUCUUUAAACUUUAAUAUGGUUGCAUUGAGAUAUAUGUUUAUUUACAUAAGAGCAUAUUAUAUGCAUCAAUUACAUAAAAAAACUCAGAUAAAAGUUUCUGAAUGUAUUAAAGUUGUGUCAAGGUGUAUAUACCAAAAUUAUUACAAAUAUUACAUAUAUGAACUGAUGUAAAGUAUAAGUAAAAUAUAUUUUGUAUCAGUAACAAUUAGGAUUUGUAGUAAUCUAUAGGAAGGAGGGACGCGGGUGGCGCUGUGGGUUAAACCACAGAGCCUAGGGCUUACCGACCAGAAGGUCGGCAGUUCGAAUCCCCCAGACGACAGAGUGAGCUCCUGUUGCUUGGUCCCUGCUCCUGCCCACCUAGCAGUUCGAAAGCACAUCAAAGUGCAAGUAGAUAAAUAGGUACUGCUCCGGCGGGAAGGUAAACGGCGUUUCCUUGCGCUGCUCUGGUUUGCCAGAAGCGGCUUAGUCAUGCUGGCCACAUGACCCAGAAGCUGUACGCCGGCUCCCUUGGCCUAUAGAGCGAGAUGAGCGCCGCAACCCCAGAGUCGUCCGCGACUGGACCUAAUGGUCAGGGGUCCCUUUACCUUUAUAGGAAGGAGGGGAAGAAAAUAAAAUAAAAUAUGUAUUUCAUGCACACCACACUGUGCUCUAAACUAUGGAUACUGCUCUACCAUAUGCUUCAUUAUUUGUAUAAUUUGUAUAAACAUCACACCAGACUGCAUAAAAUUGUCUUGUUUCUUUGGCCUCUUUGUACUUUUAAUUUUUGUGUCAGUUUUUCCAGUAAUGCUAUUUGCCAAAUUGCAUUAUACCAUUGGUCCAUAGUUAAUAAUUGCAGUGAUUUCCAUAUCUUGGCAAUAGCUGUUCUUGCAGCAAUUAAUAGUUGUGUUGUGAGUUCUUUGUUUGUAAUUUGCAAUAUAUUGUGACAAGUUAAUUGUGGUGUCCUGGAGACUGUCUGCCUUGCAAUCAGAGAUAUUUCUGUAAAUGCAUUCUUUCUAUAACUUCUAUUUUUGGACACUCCCACCACAUGUGCUGAUAUGUCCCUAUAGUGGGACAUCCUCUCCAACAUAUGGGAGAACCAUUCGGUUUUAUAUAGGCUAGGCAUCAAGGUAUUAAGUACCAGUUGUACACCAUUUUAAGGGCUGUUUCUCUGGAUGUUGCUGAUAUGCAUUUUAAUGGCACUUUUGUCCACAAUCUGUACCUUGCGUCUUCUUCAAUUUCUAAACCCAAAUUUAGUUCCCACCACCUCAAAUUUUGCUGAGGAAAAAGUUGAACCUCUAUAAUAGAUAGAUUUCUACAAAGAUAUGAACCAUUUUGUGAAUAUAUUUUCUUUCACUGUUAUUUUUCCAUAUUUCGUCACCUGUCUUAUGACUUCGUCUUUAACCUAUAAAUUUGUUGAUGAACCAUAAAUGAGCACACUUUGACUGUGGUUUCCCAGCCAGCCCUGAUCCCAUCCAAUUAUAUUGCCAUCUAAGCCUGUUGAACGUAGUGGACUUUACUUUCAGUUAAAUAUAUACUGGUUUGGGCUUCAGCUAUAUUUACAAUAUAAUACCUUAUGACAAUAACAUUCAAAACUUGCAUUUUUUCAGCCGAAUGCAGAAAUAGACUAUCACAAAACAGGACUGUUCUUUAAACAGUUUUUGCUUCUUUCCCCCCAGAGGUUGACAACAAGAGAAGAGCUUGUGUUAGGUUGUCCAUUUUCUGAAAGUGAGAGAGCUUCAAAAUCAGAAGACAGCAUUAGGAAAGACAAAAUCAUCCAACAACUGCAAUCAGAGGUUCUGUCAUAUUUUUCUGAAAUUUUGGCUAUUUGUAACAACUAAACUAGACCAUAAACAUAACAUUUUGCUGUGAAAAAUGGAUUUGUCCUCUUAUUAGAAAUGUUGGGACAAAAUAAUGGCAUGGGAUCAAUGGUUACAUUAUAAUGACUAUAUAAUAGUAGUUAAUCAACCUGUUGUGGCAUUUUACCAUGACAAUAUCCGUGUGUACUAAUGGGCCUUCCCAAUGCAAAACCCUAUAGGUUUAGCUCAUUUGUUUACUGGAGGUAUAUGGAGAGUAAUUACAGUACUUAGCUGCAUCAGAACUACUUGGCUUUUAUCAGUCUUGAUUCAGACCUGACAAAACUAGGUUGAUGGAUUCUUUAGAAAUGGAUGAAUAUUGUGUUUGCCAGAUUUGAUAUCAUUUCAUUGAUCAGAAGAGCAUAUGCUGAUCACAAGACUAUUCAUUAGCUGCAAAGGGCAAACACAAUCCAUAUUCCUUUUAUAUAACAUAUGACAAAUAUUUAUUGAAUACAUAAAUUGUUCGGACUGUGGCAGGAAUCCACCCAGCACUUAUGGGAAAAUGUGGCAUGAUCUCUUAGAGUUAUCAAAUGAAACUUUAACACAUGGCAUGAUAAAAGUCUGUAAUUUUAUCAGGACAAGUUACUUGUAGUUUACUGUUGUAGCAACUGUUUUCUCAAAAUUUAUCUUCUGUACUAUGAAAAUAAAUAAAAACAGUAUUUAAAAAAAGACUGCUCAUUUGCUUAAAGGCUACAAUAUUAGCAGCGGCAGUAGGCAGAAGAUUAUUGAAUUAAAGUGUAUUUUAUAGGGCUGGUUUGCAUGACAUGCUAAGCCAAACUUGAUUUUAGUGAGACAUGUGAGCAUGCUGGUUUUGGGGUGGGGGCUUGCAGCUGCUUUGUUCCCCCCUGAUCUUUUUUGCUGCCAUGCUGCACUUAAGUAAGCCAUAAUUUGACUUACCAUGUCCAAACCAGGGCUCAUAGUUAAGCUUUCUCUUCACUAGCCAUGAACUGUAACCAAAGUUUAUUCUUGUUUACAGCUUGUUGUUAGCAAGGAGAGUGUUUAACCAUGAGCCCUGGUUCAGACAAAAGCAAACCUUGGUUAAGCUUGAUACAACAAUGAAAAGAUCAGGAAAGAGCAAAACAGCUGUGAGCUCCUCUCUAGGAGCUUGCAUACUAGCACAGUCUCACGAGGAUUAGUAUGUCAUGCAAGACAGUAUUAUAACCUUGCUAGUAUUACCGGACAGAUUUUAUUCUAGUAUGCCCCCACCAUGUGAAAGCCAUAGAUCCUGGAUUUUAUUUCAUGCUUCAGGCUCUAUUGUAUGUUUUACAUGGAACAUUGUUAUCAUUCAAGAUCCUUAGAAACAAAGUUGCUGCAUAAUUAGGCACGUUCCAUGAGCUGCAUUAUAUGUUCUAGCUUUCUAACCUUAGAAUUAAGACACUGAAUUUGACAUACAUUCAUCAUAGGCAGAUUUUAAAAGCUUCAUUGUCAUUCAGGUUCCAGGUGAAAAACAACAAUUUCCAUACAGCUGGAGGCCCUACUGGGCAUGAUGAGGGCAGGUUGCAACAUGAGUUCCCCUUGCCCCCAUGAGCUUGCCUGUAGUCUUGGAGCCCUUCUGGAAGAUGAGGCAAAGUGAUUUGGUGGGAAGAACAUGGGAGCUGGGUUUGACUUUCACUUCUGGACUAAUUAUUUUGCAAUUUAAAUAACACAUCAUUCCUCUGCUUUAUAUUAAAUCAGUGGUGUGACCCAGCUUUUAUAGGCUGGUCACUUCGGCCUUAAAAGUUCUCAUUAUCUAACCAUUAUCAGAUUUUCUAAACAAUUCAGCAUAUCACUUUUGAAGCACGCCUGAAGUGUUGGUGCUUGUAUGGUUUUUCUGUCUCUCUUAGUCUAGCUUACCACUGGGCUGCUUCACACAUGACAGUUUUCUUUUACUGAUGUAAAAAAACGCUUCUUUAUAUACUGUUCCUAUUGAAACUUGGUUCAUUGAGGCACCAUCCAAAGGAUUUUGACAGCUGAUGAAUUUAUAAGGAGUCACAGAGUUAGAGAUAAUCUAAGAUGUUUGGGGCCUGAGCUCUCCAGGACUAAAGCUGGAGUGCCACUUAGUAUGUGUGAAAUGUAUUCCUUUAGUCAUGCGUAAGUUCAGCCAGCCAUUUCCAUGUAGGAACAAGCAGUUUCAAUGUACCUUAACCAUGGUCAGCUGCUCAGGAGCCCUUUACACUUAGUAUGUGAUAUGAACUAAUGUUUUGCUGCCAAGACUUAAGAUGUAGGAGAAGUGAAACCAUUUUGUUCUUUUUGACUUACAAGGUUGAAGAACUGCGAACAAAAAAUAUUGAGUUGGAGAAGUAUGUUACAAAAAUACUUGAUAGUAAGAAAGAAGUAACAACUCAAGUGGGUGACUUGGCAAGUAAGAAUGAAUAUCUCUGUAAAGAACUCGCUCAUGUAGACAAGUUAGCAGAACAGCUGGAAAAAGAAAAAGAAUUUGUAUUGGAUAGUGCAGACCAGGAAAUUGCAGAAGCCAAGGUACUUGAAUUAAUAAUAAAAUUUUUAUACAUGCAAUGCUUUUAUAGUUUGUUCUUUUUGAGAAUUAGUUUCACAAUUACAGGAGAAAUUUCCAUUUCUGGAUGCUCAUGUAGUUUUAAGAGUUUGCAUAUGUGAAAUACUGGAAUUGUAACCAAUUGGAAGAGCUGUAGCUCAGUGAAUGAGCAUCUGGUUUGGAUGCAGAAAUUCCCAGAUUCAGUCCCCAGCAUCUCCAAGUAGAACUGGCAAAGACUUCUGUCUGAAAUCAUGUAGAGCUGCUAUCAGUCAGUGCAACAAUACUGAAUUGGAUGGAUCAAAGGUCUAUCUCAGAAUAAGACAGUUUCCUAUGUUCCUCUCAGUGUUCCAAUAAUUUUACAACACACACACACACGCAAACACACACACACAAUGUUGACCAAGUAAAGAGAUACAGGUGUAGGUCAAAAAAUACUGUGGACAUUUAGCCUUGUAAUGGUGUAGAGCAGAGGAGGGUAAACUUGCAGGCGCCGCUAUUGAAACUGUGAUAUCCAUCAGCUGGAGUCUGAUAUAAAGGGCAUACACUUAGACUUAAAGAAUUCUGAGCACAUGAAUUUGUUUUGAGUAAUACUUUUAUAGUAUCAGAACUCAACUCACAGUCCUUCAACAUAAAAAUCCACUCCUGGUUACCCUAAGCUUUCUUCAUUCCAACUGGAUAAUUUAGGAGGGAUUCAUUGUGUUGCUGUUAUUGUUAAACAAUCAGGAGUAAAAAAUCCUUACCAAUCUAUAGCGUGUUCGAAAAGUAACUAUACACCUGUUGGAUAAUGUAACUCAGUAGGUGUCUGGUUACUUUUUGAACACCCUGUGCUUCAAAUCACCCAGAGAUUUAUCAGUAGAUCCUGAUUUACCUUGUGCCCAACUCUGAGCUGCCCUCCCUGCCCCAAAGAGAGGUGCCUCCUCACAUUGCCCCAAAGGAGCCUGGGAAGAGGAUGUCCCCAGCUUUAGUGGCCCAGUGGAGACUGGCCAAAGGUGAACAUGAGGCCAGCACCUUAUCUUGGGUGGCAGCCGCAGGUGCUGGUGGGGCUGCAUGGUAGAAAAGCUCUUCUUCAGCACCGGGCACUCAGCUCCCAGGCAGGCCUUGCACACAGCAAGCACAAGAAAGGCCAGCACAGCACCUGCCUGCCUGGCUUCCCUCACCCACUUACAUGCUUACUCUGAGGCCACCUCAGCUCCUGUCAACCAGCACUCCCUGGCCAGCCCCAGAGGCACCAUUUGCUUGCAGAGUUUGUAGCCAGGGCUGCUACAACAAACAGCUGAGUAAGCCUUUGGGAGGCAGGACACAAGAGGACAUCAGAGGAGGGAGGGAAGGAACGAGGGACGGAGGCCAGUGUUGCCUGCAGCACCCCUGAGUGCCACAGCACACUGGUUGAAAACCACUCUGCUAACUGACUGGCACCUCAGCUCUACUGAGUUUGUCAUUUUCAGCUCAUCUUAAAUGAGUUAUCCAAAUGCAUUAUUAGUCAGUGAAAAAUAUUUGCCAAAUGCUCUAUUUUCAGUUGUCUAACUAAUCGUAUUUUUCUUUCUUUUCAUUUUAGUCUCAGAUUAAAUGCCAACAAAAUACUAUACGGAAAUUGGAACAUAAAAUCAGCACCCUUAGCUCUGUAAGUUACAUAUCUUUAUUUUUGCUGAUGAAACCUCAUAUCAUAUGUACAUUGCAAAAAGCAUUUGCGCAGAUUAGUACAACUGAUACGUCUUUUAUAAGAUAUUUAAAUGCAUAAUUGUAGUGUUAAGAAUACAUAACAUUCAAAAUGCCCCUUAUUCUGCAUUUUAUGUCUUUUCAGUGAGAUUUCUCUUUCUUCAGCAUUAACAGUGGUUUGACCUCCCUGCAUGUCUGUAACACAGAAAGCAAUGGGCACAGUUCUUUCAAAUUCUGCUUGCAUCUCUGUGCACCUGGGAAGACAUUGGGGAUGCAAGCUGAACAUGGUCAUUACUGCACCCUUUCCUAACAACCCUUAGGUGUGUGGAGUUGGUGGGCGGGCUUAAUUAUUGCCUAAAGACGUACUCUCUUCAAGUACAGAAAUUCAAGGCGUAAUCUGUUUAUAAGGACACCUUUUUCCUAGAGGCUCUUUCCUUAGAAAUCUCAUCUACCUGUCAGAAUGGUUUGGGUGUGCCGUUUCACACUUACCUUCUUUUCACUUGCAGAGUGUACUAUGUGCACCUGCACCCAAGCUAGGAAGCUCUGUGUAUUUUUUUUCUGUCUAGCAGAAAGAUUGGCAAAAGAUCCCUAUUUUUCAUCCAUACCCUGCUUUAUAAAGGACAAAGAAGGAAAGAGGAGGCAGGUGGCGAAACCAGUCUUCUUCUCUCACUUAAGUUGUCAGCUAUGACAUUUGUUCAGUGGUGCACGUAGGCAUUCAUAGCCACAUGCAUGCUAGGUUCUCCCACUCUUCCCAGCCUUUAUUGUGAGAUCUACUUCAUACAGCCAACUCUAUUUGUUUUGACAGAAACAGCUUUAAUGAUUUUAUAAUACAGUAAAUUCAGAAAAUCUGAAACAUAAUAAAUCUUGCUUCUGUAGAAAUAUGUCUUAGUUGGAAAAGUAUGUUUAUAGUAAUAAUUGUUUUCACUUUGGCACUUAAAAGCCUUCCUCAAACAUUGAACUAUCACAGGAGAAGCGUCCCUCAAGGCUUGACAAUUCUAUCAAGUCAGCAGAAGAAGACAGAUAUCAGCUGAAGAAAAUGCUUCGAAAUACAUCAAGUCCUAGGCGCAGCUCCUCUCAUUCUGUUUCAAAGGAGCUUUCCCCCAUCCGGGUAUAUUUUUCAACUUUCAUAAAGUAUAGAUUUGUGCAUUUUUUCAGCUGAUUUUGAUUACUUGGAACUAUUAAUAUGCUAGCGAGGGACUGAAGUAAAUUAAUCAGACUACCUAAAUCCUGUUGAAGUCAGUAAGAUUUAAGCAGCUUUACAAUGCAGUUCUGUGCAUUUCUACUCAGAAGCAGGCCCAAUGAGUUCAAUGGAACUUGCCUCCUGAUAAGUUAGAAUUUCAGCCUAAUACAUACAAAAUACAGGUUGCAUUUUCUGGUAUGCAUGCAAUCUGGUUGCUGCAUACUGCUGUUUGGAUUGCAAGGACUAAUUGAUGAUGGAUUGGUAGAUGGAUAGUUCUGUCAUUGGGAAGAUGUUGUACUACAUUAUUUUUUGUCGUUUCUAAUUUUGUGAUAUGUACCUACGUUUAUACUAUUUUUCAAGGUAUCUGUCAACUUAAAUCUUUAUUUAGACUCAUUACAAUAGAAUUAAUCACAUUCUACAUAAGGUAAAGGUAAAGGUACCCCUGCCCGUACGGGCCAGUCGUGUCCGACCCUAGGGUUGUGCGCCCAUCUCGCUUAAGAGGCCGGGGGCCAGCACUGUCCGAAGACACUUCCGGGUCACGUGGCCAGCGUGACAAGCUGCAUCUGGCGAGCCAGUGCAGCACACGGAAACGCCGUUUACCUUCCCGCCAGAGUGGUCCCUAUUUAUCUACUUGCACCCAGGGGUGCUUUCGAACUGCUAGGUUGGCAGGCGCUGGGACCGAGCAACGGGAGCACACCCCGCCGCGGGGAUUCAAACCGCUGACCUGACGAACGGCAAGUCCUAGGCGCUGAGGUUUUACCCACAGCGCCACCUGCGUCCCUUACACAUUCUACAUAGUAUCUAACAAAAAGCAUUUCAGAAUAGUUAAUUGUGCACAGAUUAAUAUGAACUGAACAGGCAGAAUGAUAUCCAAUGGUUAGUCAUAGAGUAGAUUAAUUGAAUUCAAUAGACUUAAAGUCAUUGAUUAAGACUUAGUUGGAUAUCACCCACCAUCUUCCUGAAUAAUUUAAAACUGGAUGAUCCAAUCAAAUUCUAAAGUUUGUGAUUUAUGGAUGUUAUUGAUUGAUUGAUUGAUUGAUUGAUAAAUCAAAAGCAGUAGAAAAGGAAAUCAACUUCUCUUCAUUAACUGUUUAGGGAUGUAAAUCUGAUCCAGAAUUUCAGCAAAUGUUGAGAGACCGUGAUGAAUAUAAGACAAUGCUGGAAAGAUAUGAACGUCACAUGGCAGAAGUUCAAGGCAACAUCAAGGUUCUCACAGCAGAAAGAGACAAAGUUAUUCAACUUUAUGAUCAGGUAAUCUUUACAGGCAUAUGGAAUAUUCUGGUAAGAACAAUUUCUGACAAAAUAUAAAAUCUUAAAGUGUUUGGGAGCUGUUUACCUUAAGAUUGUCUUAGGAGGCAUUGUUGAAGGUUUGUUGUCCUCAGGAUUUAUGAUGUAAAGGGACCCCUGACCAUUAGGUCCAGUCGUGGCUGACUCUGAGGUUACGGCACUCAUCUCACUUUAUUGGCCAAGGGAGCCGACGUAUAGCUUCCAGGUCAUGUGGCCAGCAUGACUAAGCUGCUCCCGGCAAACCAGAGCAGCGCACGGAAACGCCGUUUACCUUCCCGCCGGAGCGGUACCUAUUUAUCUACUUGCACUUUGACGUGCUUUCGAACUGCUAGGUUGGCAGGAGCAGAGACCGAGCAACGGGAGCUCACCCCGUUGCGGGGAUUCAAACCGGCAACCUUCUGAUCGGUAAGUCCUAGGCUCAGUGGUUUAACCCACAGCGCCACCCGUGUCCCGAUUUAUGAUGUGCAAGUACUUAAAAUGUGGGCUCCUACUUUUGGCACAUAAACUCUGGAAUUUCUCUUUCUGGACGGAUAUAGGACUGCCUUAUUGUAGACUUAAACAGUUUGUUAAAAUAUUUUUGUUUUUCUAGGCUUCCUGCACUUAGGUUUCAAUUUAUUUUCUGUUUUGUUUGUAUAGCCUGAUUUUAUAUGCAGAGAGAUUUAUGAUUUGGAUUUUUAAAAUAUUUCCCUCUUUUCUUUUUUGUACUAUUACAAUUUAUUAUUGUAUCCUGCUUGUACAUUUACAUUGGGAAGAAAAGUUUUGAAAUUUUGAAGAGAGUGAAUGAAUGAAUGAAUGAAUGAUGUUAUCUCUUCUUUUGGGAUCCAUCAUGGAAAGUAAUGUGAGCAGCAGCUAGUGGGAAGGGUUGGUGCCACAGACCUGACCUAGUAGCACUGCUGCUGCCAUGUAGCAGGAUGAGGUGGAGGAGGGUGGUAGUGACGACAGGGUGGUUCAAAUAUAGUGUCAGGUAUGCUGGAUUGGCGCUGCUGGUGUGCCUAAACCACCAUAACUGAAUUGAUACUUUGCCUUACCUCUUCACCAUCCUGAUACACAGCAGUAAUCCUGCUGCCAGGAUAGUUCCACGGUGACACUCUUCCCUGCCAGCUGCUCCUAUACAAACUAUUAAGAACAUAGAAAGAACACUGAUGAAUUAGAUCAAGGAUUGAUUUAUUCCAGGAUCACGUUUCCACAGUGCCAGCCUGAUGCCUCUGGAUAGCUCCCAACCUAAGCAGGUUUUAAUAACAACAGGCCGUCUCUGUUGCUUGGGCUAUUUGUGGAUGUGACAUUAUGGGUUGUAUUCACUUUGUAUAUAUCUGCUGAAGUAAGUUGGGUCCGGUUUUGUCUUUGGUAGGCUAGUUACAAUUUAAGUUGUCUUGAAUUGGACAAAUCUGCAUCUGAGUUUUAAUUUUGAAUGAUAGGCCCAGGAAGAAAUAAGUCAACUGCGAAAAGAAGCUAUGAAAGUCCCGAAAGCAUCCAAAACUGCGAUGACUGCACAGGCUGUUUUGAGGCGUGUGGAAACAGAAAGGGAUGCAGCUAUUUCUGAUUUCCGAAGGAUGUCCACUGAACGAGAUAGCUUGAGAGAGAGGUUAAAGGUUUGACUUUUUAUCCAAAUUCGUUUGUGCCACAUCUGUUCAACAUAAGAAAUUGCCAAGACCGUUGUGUAGUAUCUAAUCUAAUCUAAUAGAUUAAAUGUUAUUAUACUAAGUGUAUUUGAUUUAUGUUUUUGUUUGAUAUAGAUUGCUCAAGAGACUGCAUUUAAUGAAAAAGCUCACCUGGAACAGAGAGUUGAGGAACUGGAGUUAAAUGUUCAGAGUGUAAGGGAAAAUGUUUCCUUAUUUUAAAGAUAUGGUAGAUAUAACAUUAAACAAGUGGUUAGAAGCCUGUAAGGACAGAGACAUUGAAAAGAUACAUUGAAUGAUUUUUUUGUAUAAAUAUACAACUCUUACUACAUUAUUCAAGAAACAUGCAAUUAUUUGUAUGCAUUUCUUAUUUUUCUAUUUAGUAAUCUAUACAGAGCUUUAUUUGUUUGUUUGUUUGUUUAUAUCUUGCCUUUCUCCCAGUGCAGGAGUCAGAUCCAAGGUGGCUCACAACAUGCAUUAAAUACAGAUACAGCUAAAAAGCACACCAAACAGUUAUAAGUAUAAAUAAAUAAAUAAAUAAGUUACCAUAUUAAAAACGCCAUUGAAUUGAAACAGCUUAACCAUUUAAAAACCCAACAACAAGAGGAGGAGAAAAUAUGCAUUUCAUACCAUUAAAUGACCCUGCCACAAUAGUUGCCAAAGGCCUAUCUAAACAAAAAAAGCCUGCCUGCCAGCGAAAGGAGAGAGAGGACAAAACUAACCUCCCAUGGACUAGAGUUCCACAAUAUGAGAGCAGCCACCAAAAAGGCCCUCUCCCAUGUCCCCACCAAAUGUGCCUGUGAGGGUGGCAAACGGAGAGAAAGGUGUCCCCUGAAGAUUUCAAAACCUAGUCAGGCUUAUCUAGGGAAAUAGCCUGGACCCAAGGUGUAUAGGGCUUUAUAGCUCAUGACCAACAUUUCAGUUGUGCCCAGAAACAGGCCAGUAGCCAGUGGGCUUAUUGUAACAAAGAGUUUUGAUUCUCACUGUAACCUGUAACCUUUAUUAAAGGGAAAUAUAUUCUUAAGGAAUUAGUCCUAGAAACUGUAGUAUAUAAGAUACAGUCUUACUGGAAAAGAAAAUAGGAGACUGAUUUGCUCUCCAUUCAGGGUUAUCUCCAGGGUUUUGUGCGCUUUGGCAACAGAGCAUCAAUACUCCCAAUUUGUCCAUUAAAGAACUGCCUAAUUUUCAGCUAAUCAGGUCCUUGCUCUGCUAUGCAUCGUGUUACAUUGGGCUGUCUUGAUUAAGAUAAUGCAAUCAGUUGAGGUGGACAAGGUGCUGGUGGCAAUGCAUCUGACCACAUGCGCCUUGGACCCCUGUCCCUCCUGGCUUAUUAAAUCUAGCAGACUGGUUGGGUCCCUAGUGUGGUUAAUUCUUUGCUGCAUUGGAGGGGGGCUCUGCUGCAUCAUCCAAGUCUUUUGUCUGGCUUGGCAGUCGAUAGCAGACCCCCACAGUAAGGUCACUGUUUUUUCUUUCUGUUACAAUCUUUACCCAUAUACUCUCAGUCUGCUUUCCAUGUUCCAAGUCAUGGAUUUCUUCACAGGUAUACACAUCCUUUACAUAUAAUGCUACUCUUCCUCCCUUCCUGCUUGGUCUAUUCCUUUAAAACAGGUUAUACCCCUUAGUUUCUACAUUCCAAGUCAUGGUCUCAUCCCACCAGGUUUCAAUAAUGCCUACCAGGUCAUACUUGCAAUCCUGAAUUAAAAGCUCCAAUUCAUCUUGCUUGUCUCCCAUACUCUGUGCAUUUGUGUGAAGACAACUUCUUUGGAGGCUUUUAAGCAGAGGUUGGGUGGUCAUCGGUCAUGGAUGCUUUAGCUGAGAUUCCUGCAUUGCAAGGGGUUGGACUCGAUGACCCUUGGGUUCCUUCCAACUCUAGGAUUCUAUAAUUCUAUAAAAAGUCUGAAAAGGCAACAUAAAUAAUUCCUAGGUAAAAGCAUAUGUUAAUUGAAGUAGUUGGAUGUUAUAUAAAGUAAUAAUUCCUUGUCACUUUAAUGUCUCAGCUUGACAAUGAGCGAUUAGAUCAAACAUCAAAGAUGGCUUUAAUGAAGGAGACAAUCGAGUCUCUAGAAAUGGAGAUGAAAAUAUUGGCAAAAAGAGCAGUAGAUUUUGAAAGUGAGCUAAGCAGGCAAAAAGCAACUAAUGCUUCACUGAGGUAACUGAAAUAUGUGUUGAAUCAAAUAUUUUAUGUUUCAAAGUUUGUGUCUGUUAACUGGCUAUAAUUUUAAGUUUUUGAGAUACGAAGUAGACUUAUUAAUGGGAUAUAAAUAAUAAUGUAGUUUAAAAGGAUGGUGAUAUACUGUAUGUUCUACUUUGGCAAUAGCUUCUCUUUAGUUAAGUUGGCUUAUUUCAUACACUAAUUCUAAAUUACCUGAUACCUGAUUUGCACUGACUUCUGUUUGAAGAGUUCCGUAGCUUGUGCUUAGCUUUUAUUAACUGUUAAUUACGCGUUCACAAAAUUCCCUUGCUCUAUAGUCACUAGCUAUUAAUUAGUUGCCAUUUAUCAUGAGAUCCCUUUUAGUGUUAGUGCAAAGUUUGUGUGAAAAGAUAAAUUUAAAUUGCCCUUUGUUAAUUUUUAGCAUUAUGAAUGAAAAAAUGGAGCAUAACAUUGCAGAGGCCCAACGACAACUCUCAAAGAAAAAAUAUGAAUUACAGCUCAUUCAAGAUAAAAUUACGUGUCUAGAUGAAAAAAAUGGUAAGUUUCAAAUGCCAACCUUUGAGUCAUUUUUAAAAUAUAUUUUAUACAGGAUUAUUUAUUGGAGCAUUGCAAUGUGAUUUUAUGUGGGUCUACCCUUGAGGCUGGUGCAGAAUUAUGCAGCCUGGUUAUCAGGUGUUGGCUAUUGACAAAAUAUAACACCUAUAUUGUGAUAGUUGCAUUUGGCUAGCAGUAUGCUACCAAACUAUCUUCAAGGUCUUACUAUUAAGUAUAUUAAGCCUAAACACCUGCGGCUUAAAAUCUUACCUUACUCCUUAUACCCCUGCCUGACUUUUGCAACCUGCCUCUGAGAAAUGUCUGAUGGUGCCUGAUAGUGUCAGACUAUCCUUAAGAAGAAUUGUGCAUUUGGCACUUGGGUUAUGAAACUCUACCUAGUAAAAUCAAGUUGACAUUGUUUGUAAUUAGCUGAAAGUGCCAAAUUAAGACUUGGUUAUUUCAGCAAGCCUAUUUAUGAAAACAAUUUCCUGUUUUUAUAACCUUGUUGAGUGACUCAUAUUUGUAAUCCGGCAUUUCUGUUUCUUGAAUGUAUUCUGCUUGAUUUCAUUUGUUAUGUCAUUUUAGUUUUAAUUGUGAUUCUGCAGACCACAUUUUUAUGAGUUUUGGGCAUAGAAAUGAAUUAUUAAUAACAAUGACUGGGGCCAGAGACUGGCAAGUCUACAAGUGUCACCCACUAAUCCAUAUGGAUGAUAUUUUACAUCUAUUUUGUGCCAAGUUUCUGCCUAAGUUCUGUGAUUAUUUAGUCAGGAAUAUCUGUUUCUAUGACUUUAGUACCAGUGAAUAUGUAUUUUUUUAUAUAGGAAGUAUCUGAAUAAUAAAUAAUAUUUAAUAUUUAAAUCAGUGAUUUAAAUUUGCUGCUUUGCUCACCGAGGUCAUGAUUGAAAUCUCCUUGAUCCAAGCACUUUAUAUUACUGUAAAAACAGUAACAAAACUGCAUCCCACAAGCCUUAGGCACAGAGAGGUGUACUUUGCAUAGAAAAGGGGUAGCCAAUGAGGUGCCCUCCAUAUCAUUUUGGACUAUGAUUUCCCAUAAGCCAUGGUCACCAUGGCAGUGGUCAGGAAUGAUGGAAAUUUUAGUCUUACAAAAACUGGAACAUACCUCAUUGGCUACCCACAGCCUGUGUCAUUACAAGAAUGUGACGCAAAGUAUAGAGCCCCAAAAUGCUGCUACAGAAAAGUUCAAUUUUCUUGGCUACUUGGGCCAAGUUUGACAAUUAAGGACACAUCCAUGUGAUGGUGUUUGUGCUGUAUUUAUAUAAAGUUAUUUAGAAGCAUUUGAAAAUUAUUGGAAAAUAUGGCAAUAAUAGUGCUACACAUGUAUAGUGGAUUUUAAGUGUUAUAUUCUGUGGCAAGUGGUGAGUAGCUAGACCAGUUUCCCCCAUUGUUCACUUCCUCCCCAGGCCUGGGCAUGAGAGGUGAGGGAGGUUCAGUGCUAUCAUUGUGGAUAGAAUGAGCACGAUAGAUUUUUUAAAAAUCGCACUAUAUCUAACUUAGCAAUGUCAGGUUGUCUUGUGAUUAACUCUUCUUUUUGUGAAUGGUCACUUUUACUAAGGAAAUUGUGACUGUCCAUUGUAUUUCAUUUUCUUCUGACCUCAUUAUUUUCAGUUUCUCCCCGCCUCCCUGCCCCCAAUCAUGUACAUACACCAACAACUCAGGAUAAAAUGAAGUGGACUGCACUCCACAAAAUCUUAUGCUGCAAUAAAUUGUUGGCCUUUAAGAUGUCACAAGACUGUUCAUUGUUUUUUUCUGCAAGACUAUCUUAGCUAAAAGUUUGCAGUUUGGCCAGAAUGUAGGGGGAGUGGAACUUGUACAUGCAUAAUAAAUAUUUGUAUGCUCAUCAGAGUUGUUGCUUGAUCACAGCCUAUUUACCAAAGGUUAUUUUAAAUUGAUAAAAUAAUGAAAUUUUAUUAUAAUAUUUCCAGAAAAGCUUUCAAAACAAAAUCUUGUUCAACAAGAAGAUAUUUGUACACUCAAUGACACAAUAACUGAACUUGAUACAGAAAAGGAUUCUUUACAUGAGCUUCUGGAAGAGAAAGCAGAUAAAGUUGCCUCCCUUGAAGAAAGCUUGGCCCUUAAAGUAAGUUUGAUAUGUAAAUGUUUAGAUAUUUAAGAUUCAUCACAUUUAGAAUUUUUUUGUGCUUGUGCAGGAAGGAGACUUCAUAUUUGGCAUGUAGCUUUUGAAAGUACACAUUACAGGCAUAUUGGACAAAGUAAAUGGUACAAGCAUGAGUUGUGCUAGUGAUGGAAAAUUGACAUUUCUGUGGAUUAUUUUUGAGUAAUUCUGUUUUAAUAUGCAAAUACAUGUAUUAGUAGGGUUAAAACAUUCUGCUUAUUCAAAUUGGUGCUUUUUAAAUUUAGUUUAAACAUACACCUUUCAAUACUACUAAUAGUUUGAUUAUGACUUUUAAGUAUACAGUUUCAAAUAUAGAAUGAGGAACUUUACUACCAUUUAGAAAACUGUUAAAAUGCUAUAAUUUUUUUGCAAAUAACUUUCUACCCUGUACAUGCUGUUUGUAGGUCUUGCAGUCAGAGACUCUGUAACCACUAUGUUGUAUAUGUUGAGAUUCUAAUAGCAACUUUAGGGGGCAUUUUGAUUGAGAAAACCAUGUCACGUGAAAGGGUUAAUCCCACCCCCUUCCAGCACCACAGUUCAGAGAUUUCUGAGACUUUUGCUGCAAAGUUUGCAUGUGCCAUGAUAUUAAAUCUCUACCAUAUUUAUUUUGCUGUUCUGGCAGCCUAACAUUGCAAUCAAAUGCAUGUCUACUUAGAACUAAGCCCCACUGAGCUCAAUGAGACUUAUUCCCAACAAGUGUGUAUAGGAUUGCAGUCAAAAUGUUAAAAACCUGUGGAGUGCAAGCUUAUGUACAAUUACUCAGAAGUAAAUCCUGCUCUGUUCAUAGGAGUUUACUCUCAUAUAAGGAUGGUUAGAAUUACAGCCUUAAUCUUAUAAAAUAUUACCGAACAAAAGAAACUGACAUGAAAAAACAAACUAUUUCCUGUUUUGUUCAUCUCUUUUUUACUAACUGAGGAAAAAUACAUUUUUAUUUAUUUUCAAGGAAAAGACCAUUUCAGAUUUGAAGUGCCUACUUUCUGAUAUGGAGAAAUCAACAAAGUAAGACAUAAACUCUGGAUUUUGUUCUUUCUUUUAAAGUUAUUUUUACUUAACUUGAACUAUUCUGUCAGAAUUAACAUAUAUAAAUUAAUCUAUUCUGUAUUUAUAACUUGUAAUAUUAGACAUAUUCAAUAUUUUAAAAAUGUUUUAUUAAGUAAACAUAAUUAUUGGUAUACUUCUAUCUAAAAACAUUUGAUGAAGGGACAUUUUCAUGCCCUUGUUUUGCAAUAAUAUUUUUAUGUAAAAUGUAUUUUGCAUUUUAUAAUUUACUGCCCAGGCAUUCUACUGAAGCACUCUGUAGGUGUGAACAGGAUAUUACCAAACUACAUCAGCUUUUGGAUGAAUCUAAUAAUGAACUUGCUCAGACUAGCGAAGAGAAAGAAGGAUUAAUUCGGGAGAAUGAUAAUCUACAAAAACAGCUUUAUAGCUUUAAGGAGGAGAAUCAGGUAUAUAUUGGCAGAUUUGAAUACAACUCAUAUUUACCUUUCCACUAUUAACCAGGAACUGUUUUGUAACUAACUAGGGAGGACAGGAGUGCCUGGUGUGCUCUGGUCCAUGGGGGUCACGAAGCGACUAAAAUACUAACCAACAACAGGGAGGAUAUUGUUCCACACUACCCUCAAUCUCUGAGCAGUGCAAGAUUCUAGGGCAGGGGUGUCAAACUCAAAUUCAUCGGGGGCUGCAUCUGGUUGUGCAUCCGUGUGCUGCUCUGGUUUCGCCAGAAGCGGCUUAGUCAUGCUGGCCACAUGACCUGGAAAAACUGUCUGCAGACAAAUGUAGGCUCCCUUGGCCAGUAAAGUGAGAUGAGCGCCGCAACCCCAGAGUUGUUCGUGACUGGACUUAAUGGUCAGGGGUCCUUUACCUUUCUUUUAGUCUUCUUAAUAGCCUAUCACCCCAGGUGAUUUCCUCACAAGGAAGUUAGCCUAGCUUAAUUAGCCCUUAGCAUUUUACUUAAUUUAAGGAUUAGCAGAGACUAGCAGGCAGUUUAAUUUACAGGGUCUGGCUUAAUACACUGUGGCUUAAUACACACAGGUCUUGCACUCAGUUUUAACACUCCAAAACACUGAUUAAAUUCUAACACCUGGACCCUGGAAUUUAGGGUGUCUAGUAUCCACAAACUCAUAACACUAUGUUCUCUGGAGGUGGUUAACAUGUCAUCAUAUGGGUUAUGCUGCUGUCUUGCUGCUGAAGACAGGAAACACAGACUGGUCUUUAUCUGUUGGUCACACCCCCAUCAUCUCAGUCAGUUUCUUGUCUUCUCCAUGGACAUGUGGGGGAGGGCAACCCACCCAUGAGCAAGGUGCUCAGGUGGUAGGUGCCUGCCUCAUAGAGCAGUAGAUCCCAGUGUAGAGUUUUAUUCCCCCCUUGUUGCUGACAUGGACCUUCACUCACCUCUUCUUCCCUGCCAGGGAGGAGGGCAUCAUUUUGUGGUUCCCCUCAGAUGCCAAAAUAUCUUGGGCCAGCCCUGUUGUGCACACAUGUGUGUUGCUUCAGGCUUGUUCUGCUAACUCUAAAUUUUAUUUAGAAUUUUGUUUCAUCUUGAAGGUUCGUAUUUCUCCUUUUAUAUAUAGGAAUGCAUCUUUAAUUGUAACACUUUACGACACCUAAUCCUACUUCUAAAAUGUAGUCAAACCUGAAAAGAGUAUGAAAUGCUUGCCUAAAACAAUGUUUCACAUUUCUUUGACAGAUUCUGCAUCACAAACUCAGUGAAUGUCAGAAUGAACUUGAUAAUCUGAAGGCGAAAACUGAAGAUUGGCAUACAGAUAUUUCCAGACUGAAGAGCAUGCUGAAAUCUAAAGUAAAUGUAUACUUUGAAAAGCUGCAAGUUUUCUAAACCAUGCAAUGUCUAAUGGGGUGCUUCCUGUCAAGGAGAAUAUUCCUAUGUCUACAUUCUAAUGAUUUGAAAGGUUUUACUGAGCCAUCAGAGAGUGCUGUGCAAAAUGCUGCAGGAGAGCUGACAGUUUUGUUGGGUCAUUCACAGUGACCCUUGUAAAGCAUUCUGCAAGAUAUCAAGACCCUUGCAAAGCCCUAUGCAAAAUACUAUGUUGCUGAGCAAUUUGCAAGGGCCCUGCAAAGCACUCCUCCUGAGGCAAAAAAGGGUUGUUUGAUGUCAUUGUGACAUCAGGGUAUUGUUAGGUAGGCUACCCCAACCAGAUGUCAUUUGCCCGCAAGGGGUGGGGGAGAUAACAAAUUUGCCCAUUGGACCAUUCACCACCCCUGCUCUAAAAAAUGAUUCCACUCAGCCAGUACUGGGAAACUACAUUACUUUUAUAGUCUGUGUUCCAUGGAUUGCAAAAGCUUUGCAGCCAUACUAGCUUUUGAUUAAGAUCUCAAAUAGGUCAAAAGUUUGUAGAAGGAAGGAGAAGCUUUCCAUCAGCAUUAAUCUGUACUGACACAUGUGCAAAAGGCAAAAAGAAUUUGAUAAUCCCAGUAGAAGAAGGCAUGCAAGGUCAAUGCACAUCUGAGCUGCCUUAGUGUUAUUUAAGGCCUCAAUUCAAAAUGCAUUGCAUGCUGAAAAAUGCUUGCAUGCAGUUACAAAAUUCAUGAGACUAUUUUUUUGUAUUUUUACUAAACACAAAAGUUUACUGAGGCAUUUCCUCAUCUGCUUUGAUUUUCUUGCAGCAGAUCUUACAGAGGAAGGAGCUGCAGUGGUAUACUUGGAACAACAUCAGAGCCCUUCCCCUUCCCCACUAUACAGCUGGUGCUUGCCCAUCUGUCUUGUUCCCUUCCCCUUCCCAAAUUGGUCAUGGGCAUGUUGUACAAGUUGAGCAGUACCUGUAUGGCAGGUCCAUCUUUCUACAGUGAAGUUCAGAUGUCCACUAGUCCUGCAAACCCACCAUACAACUGGACUGAAGUGAAUAUAGUUUACUAAGGGCCAGUUCACUUUUUUUUCAUCCAUUUAUAUUGUAAAGUGUAGCAGUAGAGAGCCAUGUGCUCUCUUUCCAAUUGUCUAACAAUAUGGGGUGUACGCAACCAGUUCCCAUGACCUUUCACUCAAAAAAGUUGUGGAAGGAUUGCAGCAUUCAGGUGAUUAUAUAUACAAAUGAUAGAAUAUAUGCACUGUAACACAGGUUGUGUUUUCUAUGCUCUAGGACAGGGGUAGCCAAUGUGGUGCCCUCCAGAUGUUUUUGACUAGAAUUCCCAUGAUCACUGGGUGUUACCUAUGCUGCUGGGAGUUGUAAUCGAAAACAUCUGUUGGACACCACUAUGGCUCCUGCUCUGUGGUUAUGCAAGCUAAUUUUCUGUCCCACUAUGCAUGGCAUAUGUAAACUGGCCUCAAAUUUCAAAAAUGAAACCAAAUUUUGAAUUUCAGGAAAAGGAGAAUCAAGAUCUUUUGGAUAACUACCAUAGGGCCAAUGAGCAAGCAGAAAAGUGGGAAUCCAAGUUCCAACAAAUGGAAGCAAAUUGUAGCUCUGUCCAACUGGAGCUCCUCAGUGCAGAAUCUGAGAGCCGCAGACUAAAAGAACGAACAGAGGCUCUUGAAACAGAGAUUGGGCACGUAAGUUGGAAAAGCCUCAGCAAUCCAUUUUUACAAUUUCAUUUUCAUUUAAUAGCUGGGCAGUAGAGCUUUUUCAUUUCCAUUCAGCACUUUCGCCCUUGUUCUUCAUCUCCAUUGGGAGUGUUAAGGGAUAAAGUUUAUUGUGAGACAUAUGUCUCAGUUAUGUGGGCUACAACAGGUACUUUCAGAAAGCACAUUUGUUGUAAAGGGAAGAGGUCUUCCACUCACCAUCAUUCACUGACCCUAUUUGCACACCAUGCUAAACCAAAUCAUGGCUUAGUGUGGCCAAGCAAAUGUGGGUUCCCAGAGAGAUCACAGCCACUUUGCUUCUCCUCCAGUUCUGCUUCCACCAUAUUGCUUUAAGCUAAACCACAGAUCACCAGUGGAUGGCAAUAGCUACCACUGACCUUCCUUAGAUUGUUGCACAUUCUGACCUUUUUGAGACUGUUUGGGAUAAGUAUGUGGUGUGAGCCUUUGUUUUUCUGUAAAUGUAUGAAUUCUACACUUUUACCAAGCUGAGAGUUCAGUAUUCUAAGUACCAAUAUUCCAGGUACCAUUAUGUAUCUUAAGAUGGUUCCUGUACACAAUGUGGUUGGUAAGAAAUAAUAUGUAUGUUUUUGUUUUCUAAAGUUAAUAAUUCUAUCUUCUCCCCACCCCCAGCUCUGAAAUCUGAUUUUGCAGCCAAAAAUCAAAAUUUUGAAGAUUAGACACUUUUAUUUUAAUUCAGUUAUUUUAAUCCAAUUAUUUUAAUAAUUGAUAUAAAUGAAAUGUAGCUGCAUCUAGUGUUUCCUGGUUUGUUCACAAGAUAUUUAUUUUACAUUCUGCUUACAGUUAACAAUUUUAUUUUAAAUUCACUUCAGAAACUCUUAGAGGUUAUGUAUUCAAAAAAGAUAAAGUAUCAUUAUUUAACUAAAACUGUAAUUGAUCUUCCCUAAAGUUAUUAGGCAUUGUUCUGGUACAUUUCUAUCAAAAUGUUAAUUGUCUUCAUCAACACAUGUUUUCACAGCAAUUAGCAGCAGAAAAAGCCCACAAGUCACAGAUUUCUACAUUAGGUAAGUCUCUUUUGAAAAUGGAGGAGGAACUCCAUGACGUGCAACUGGAGAAAGUUUCUGUACUGUCAGAGUUGGCAUCUACUCGGGAACUCUGCAUAAAAUUGGACACUAGCAAAGAGUUAUUAGCCCGGCAACUAAGCAACACAACACAGGAAGUAGAACGGGUAAGUAUAAUCUAAUCUACACAUUGUUUAGAGCAAACAGGAAAGGCAGAAAACAGAAGUUGGAAUGCCUUUUAAUAUCAUCUUGAAUGAAAUUCUCACAAUACAGCAACCUUUAUGUUAUGUACAUUUGCUUAAAUACAAACAUAAGAAGAGCCCUGCUGGAUUACACCAAAGGCCCUUCUGGUACAGCAUCCUGUUCUCCCAAUAGCCAAACUAGAAGCCUAUGAAAAGCCCCUAAGCAGGACCUGAAUGCAACAGCUCUUUCCCCACUUAAGAAUCCCAGCAACUGGCAUUCAGAGGCAUAUUGCCUCCAAUAGCGGUGGAAGACUAUAGGAGCCAUUGAUUGUCUUAUCUGCCAUGAAUUUGUCUAAUCCUCUUUUAAAGUGAUCCAGAUUUGUGGCCAUCAUAGUUUAACUGUGAAGUAAGUUUAAUAAUAACAAUAAUUAAUCGUAUUUUUUAUAUCCCUGCCCAUCUGGCUGGGUUUCUCCAGCCACACUGGGCGGCUUCCAGCACAUACUGUAUAAAAACAUAAAACGUCAAACAUUAAAAACUUCCCGAUACAAGGCUCCCUUCAGAUAUCUUCUAAAAGUUGUGUAGUUCUUUAUCUCCUUGACAUCUGAUGGGAGGAUAUUCCACAGGGAGAUCACCGCUGCUGAGAAAGCCCUCCACCUUGUGGGGUCCCCAGUUCCAGGGGUUCCUGGUUUUAUAUGUUUUUAUGUAUACAUGUACAGUGGUACCUUGGGAUAGGAACUUAAUUUGUUCCGGAGGUCCGUUCUUAACCUGAAACUGUUCUUAACCUGAAGCACCAUUUUAGCUAAGGGGCCUCCCGCUGCCGUGGCGCCGCAAGAGCACGAUUUCUGUUCUCAUCCUGAAGCAAAGUUCUUAACCCGAGAUACUAUUUCUGGGUUAGCGGAGUCUGUAACCUGAAGCACCUGUAACCUGAAGCGUAUGUAACCCAAGGUACCACUGUACUGUAGACUGCUGUAACUGAACCUUAGCAUAAGAUGCAAGUUACCUGUAUAUCAACAUCAACAGUGUUCUCCUUUGUCUAUUUUUGGUACAAGACUUCAAUAUCUGAGUAAAAAAGGGGUUGGGGUGAGCUGUGAGUGCGUGGGUCAGGUGUAAAGGGAGAAGGCAUUGGAUAAGUUGAGGGGGGGUUGGCGCAUGGAGCGAGCAGCCCCAUCUAUAAUAUCACCAUCCAUUUUUCCUAGGGAUUCACGCAGGAGGCAUCCAGAAAACAGUGACUUUAUUUUCCCCGCCAACUUCCCUAAGAAGGCAGAGUUACAUGGUACCAAAAUGACUGCAUAAGCCAGCUCCUUAGAUUACACCUCCAGUUCCUUCCCUCCCUAGUACUUCAGAGCUCCUGCUUCUUAUUUUCUUACAUUUACCUUGGCUCCUUGUUCCUUUUUUUACUUUCUCUUUAUGAAUUUGGUCAGUUUUCUUUCUCCUCUCUCUUAUUCUCCCCCCAGGGUUUUUCCUAUGGGGGGAAGGGGAAGUGAGCUCUUAGAAGAGACAACCCAUGUCCUGGCUAACAAAAGAAAAAAGGCCAGCUAUCACUCCCUCAGAUCUACUUGCCACCAAGCCACCUGCAGUAGAAGAAGCUAGUACCUUUCUCUGGAGCACUUACAGCCACAAUUCUGAUUUCUAACCUGGCUUUUCCAGUGCUGUCUAGGCUAAGGUGCCUAUUGAUGAGGGAGAGUGCUGGGGAGCAAUGGAGUUUGGCUGGGAUUUUAGCCAGCCCGUUAAGUCUUUUGAUGCUUUCCCUCUAGGCUGGGAUAAGUUUCAGUGUUUCUUCUAUCAGCUAAAGCUUUGCCGGGGUAGCAGUUUUUGGCAGGAAAAUGGCAGCCACUUAAAAUUAGGUUUUAUGCAUGAAACCUCCACUCCACCAUCUUAGAUAGAGAAUUUGAUAGCCCUCCUUUCAUCUGGCCAGUAGAGGGCAGAAUCCCUCCCCCUUCAACCUAGACCUUCUGGACUUGGUGUGCUUUUACAAACUGGCCACUUGGCUCCCACUCAUUUGACAACCUCCCUCAUCCAGGCAAUGGUGCUCCUUCAUUCCCUCCUAAAGGCCUGACUAGCUCUUCUCAGCUCAGCAGCUUCUUACUCAAUAAUGCGGCCCUUUACCAUCACUACUUAGGCCUGGCUAGCACGUCUGGGUUCAGCAGCCGUCCACCCAACACAGCCUUUUUCUUCUUCUAGUCUGGCUGUUAGGAUCAAAGGCUUAUUAAGGGUCCAUCUCCAGAUAUGCCUCACUCUCCCCUUGUACAACUGCUCAGAGAUAUUAUUGAGGCUUACAUCAAUCAGCAUUUUGCUGUAGCCCUACAUCCAUCUUGCUCUGGGAAAAGGGACAAAUUUUAAGUCACCAUACCUCAAAUUUGUUUGCUUCCCCUUCCAAGGAUUUAAGCCAUUCUGAAAAGACUUUAAAAGUCUAAAAAGACUUUUUUGCAUGGCUACAGUCGUAAGAAAUUGAACAAAUAUCUGCCUUGCAUUUUUUGGUGUUCCUCAGAGGAAUCAUUGGAGGUCUUGUCUGACCUGCAAACUCUUCAGGACAGCUGGUGGCUAAACAUGCUAGGAGGGGUCCUGGAUCCUGUAUUUCCCCUGGGUUAGUGUCACUUCUUCAUCAUAGGACCUCUCCCCAGGGCAACCACCCCUCUGAUCUCUCCCUGAUUUGGCUUAGCUUAGGUAAGUAAUACUGUUUUCUGGGUGCCUCCUGGAUGCAUCGCUGGGAACAGAAUGUUGGUCACUUUCCAGUUCUUUCAUGGGGUGUGCAGGAGGCAUCCAGACGCACCCUUUGUCAGGUGACUGAGUAUGGGCCUGGGCUCCAGCAUCUAAUUUGUGCCAUGUCUAUUUGGAGGGGUUACUUUUUACUUUUCUUUUCUAGGCUCUCUUUAUUUUGCUCACAAGUGCUUCUCUGAUGGCUCUUUCUCCAACUCGAAUAUGGUUGAAACUGGAGAUGGAGUCUUAGGAGUUGAAUGAUGCAAUCGUUUUGGUAUCAUGUGACCCCACCUGUCCUAGGGCAGCGGGUAGUAUUAAUCCACAGUUUACUGGAUUCCCCCUGCAUGCCCCCAGAAAGAAUGUUCAUGGUAAGUGACCAACAUUCCAUUCUAUGCAUCAUGUAGAUUACUUGGCAUAGAUGCAUGCCAAGUUUCUACGGUGAUAAAUGCACACCAGAACUUUCUGAAAUGGCACUUUUAACCCUCUGUCAACAAGUGGAAAUCAAAUGUACUCUGAUAAAACUGGGGGGAAAUGUAAUUUUUUUUGGUCAGUUUUCCACAAUUCCAUGUUCAAGUCAGUUCUCAACUAUGUCAAUGUGCGAAUUGCCAUGUGGUGUUCCAGGUCUCCUCUCCUUAAUUUAAUUAAAAAUAAAUGUUUUUACUUUCAGUGCCAAGUCUACUCCUGUUAGAAUGACAGGGUUUUUUUUUUAAGCACUUAAGAUGCUUGGAAGUGACCACAAAGUGGAAAAACAGUAUUAUUUUUCCAUAAUCAACUAAUCAGUCACUUCUGUUAACAUCACCACAAAAAGUAUCAGGGGUCAGAAGUGCUCCUCAUUUUUUGCAAAAAUUAUUUAUCACCCUGAUUUUUAAAAAUAUUUUUCCAGUUAGAACCUUGUCUGUGAAUCUUGGUGCCCACCCCACAUCGUAGUUAUCAUUUUUGUGCAAAACUUACAGAUCUGGCUUUGGGGGCUACUGCAACCCCAAUGGCAUCUGCAAAUCUUUGUAAGAAACCAGCGCACUCACCUCAAUUGGUGGUAAGACUUAAUGGCAACUCCCAGUCAAAGACCUGUGCCUGGAAUAUGAAUGAACUCUGAAUAUGCAUAUCCUGCCCCAUCUGAAUGCCCUAUGUGCAGAAUAAUAUUUCUCACUGAAGACCAUCUCCUUAUCUAGCAUGUAAGAAAACAUUCAGGCAGACUCUGCUCUCAUGGAGCUUUGUAUGUAAAUUGGGGCUCUGCAGAGCUUCAGAUUAUGCCCUCUAAAGUUUAACUGGGGCAUACAGUUAUAUAAUUCUCUAUUCAGGAGUGGGAAAGAGAAGAAAAUCAAUACAACCUAGCCAGAGUUAAACAUAUUUAAGCCACACUGAUUUAAGUGUAUGAAAAUAAAAUGGGAGCUAAAAGUACUUAAAAAUGUGUUCGUUUUUGUACCAUAUUUUUGAAUUGACAGAUAGGGAAUUGCAGUUACUGACUAUUAGGUGCAUAUUUUACAUCUAGGAAGAUGAUAUGGGGAAGAAGAGUGCUAAUGGAAUUUAGUUUACAAUUUGAAAUGUAAUUCAUCAGUUUCUAAUAUAUUGCAUAUUAGGGAAAAUGAAGAAAUUUAACCUUUUUGGCUUUCAGCUGCAAAAUGAAUGGGAAUCAUCUCACUCUGAAACCGAACUCCUCAAAAAACAACUCACUAAUGAAAGAAUUUCAAUUAAAAACCUAGAAACAUUGUUAGCAUCCAACCGUGAAAAGGAAUAUCAAUCUCAGAUGAUAAGCCAAGAAAAAGAUUCUGAAAUUCAGCUUCUUAAAGAGCAGCUUUCGCUGGCUGAAAACAAGAUGUAAGUUAGUAACUGGUAGAAACAACACAGUUCUUCUAGAUUUGAAACCACUAUAUUAAUUUUUGUUAGUAUGCCCAUCUUUCUACUAAGUGGGAAAGAUUCUUUGGUGAUAAAGAAAGAGAGCACUGAUAGGGAGUAGUAGCCACCUGCACAAGGAAUUCUUGGAAAAGAAGGCAGCCUGAAAAAUGGAAGAAAAUUAUUUUUGUGAUUGGAGCAGGUUGCAAGUUAUAAAAUUUCCCUUCCCUCCCAAAUCCUGGACUAAUCAUGAUUCUACCCCCAUUGCCCUGUGAAAGUAACUGCUGUUUGUGUGAUUAGGAAAUCGGCACAGAAAGUGUUACAAACAUUUGUGCAUGCUUUUUGUUUAUAUGUCUAGGUGUGGAUAUAUUUCUGUUCAGUGUCGUUUGAAAUUUUAAGCACUGAAUAUAUUCAAUUCCUUUUGAGAGCCGAAAUAUCCCAUAAUUUUUUUGGUUUUGUUUUUACCCUUCUCCAACUUGUUUUUUAUACUGAAUACACUGAAAGCUAUUCUUGAAAAGCUAAUUGUAUUGGGGUUUAUGGUCAAACAUGAGAGCGAAUCCAUUUAAAUCAUUGAGACUUGGUUAUGAUUACUCUGUGGGUCUACUUUAUACUUGUUUAAGUCUGAAUUCAACCCAUUGUUUAUUUUACAGUAUUUGAAUAAUUGCAUCCAUUCAGUUCAAAUGAUGCUUUUGUCUGUUAUAGUGCUACCCAGAGUCGAGAUUUUUCACAGCUCAAAAAUACAAUAACUCAAUUGGAGUCUGAGUUAGAUAUCACCAAAAGGCAGCUGGGUACAGAACGCUUUGAAAGGCAAGUGUAUGAUCACAUAUUUAGUCUUCUGUUAUUUUUCCAAAUAAGAUCACAUGCAAUCAUGCUAAUUUAAAAAGAGCCAUGUACAUAUUUUCUAAAAGCAUCUUAGCAAUAAUCUUAUAUUCACUGGAACUAAAGCUGUAAUUAAAAGCAUAUUUAUUAGGGAGCCUAGGGCUUGCCAAUCGGAAGGUCAGCGGUUCGAAUCCCUGCAACAGGGUGAGCUCCCGUUGCUCGAUCCCAGCUCCUGCCAACCUAGCAGUUCGAAAGCACAUGAAAGUGCAAGUAGAUAAAUAGGUACUAUUCUGGCGGGAAGGUAAACAGCGUUUCCGUGCGUUGCUUUGGUUUCGCCAGAAGCGGCUUAGUCAUGCUGGCCACAUGACCCGGAAAAACUGCGGACAAACGUUGGCUCCCUCGGCCAGUAAAGCGAGAUGAGCGCCGCAACCCCGGAGUCGUUCACUACUGGACUUAACUGUCAGGGGUCCUUUAACCUUACCUGCGGUCCCUUUAAUGGCCUACUGCACUGUGUUCCAGAAUAAGCUUGCAGCAAACAUAUGUAUCGUUUUGCAUUUUAAAAUGUCCACUGACUUAAAUCACCUCAAUGCAGGAAAUGUGAUAGAUGCAAAGUGGACAAAAAAAUCCUAAAGUUUGGCCAACUAACAUUUCCUUCCUAAUCCUGGAACAGAUGAAGCUCUCUACAUCAUCAGAUUGAGGAGUGAUAGGAUGGCAGCUUGUCUGCAUUGCCAGCCAGUGCUAAAUCCUUCCCAUUCACCUCUUGAGUGAACAUGCCUAGACCUGCAUGUAGGCCCACUUGAACAGAGCUUCAGUUUGCCAGUGUGGUGAAAGGUUACCCAAAUGGACAAUUAGAGAAGAUGAGGUGAUAUUUGAGGACAGACCACAACUCAGCGGUAGAGCAUGUGUUUGAAUGUAGAAGGUCCUAGAGAACGCAGAGAGCCACUGCCAGAGUAGACAGUACAAAGCUAGAUGGACAGAAUAAUUUUAACUGAUAUAAAGUAGUUUUCUAUUUUUCUACACAGGUGGCAACCAUUUUAGGCGUGUCCAAUUGAUGUGCAAUUGCUAGAGCACGGGUCCUUUUGGACCCAGAAGAGGGCAUAACAGAGGCAGGGGCACCUAUGCGCACUCCGUCGAUGCACACGGAGGCUGGGAACGGAACCCCGGUACAAAAUGGUCGCCAUCUGUACUUUUACACCCAAAGCCUGUGCUGGCCUUCCUCCUGGCUUUGUGGAACGAUCUGUCUCAUUCCCCAUCUUUCAGCGUUAUAGUCUGUCUGAAGAACAAUCUUGGUGAGAAUCUUCACCUUUUAGCUUGUUGUAUUUACCCCAUCUUCAGAUAAAUUACCCUUUUGUUUUAGAGAGCGUGCUUGCCAAGAGCUUCGCCGCCAGAGUCUGGGAGCUCCAUACCAAUUAACUUCUACAAUAAGGACAUCAUCACCUGAACGUUCUCGGCACCGGUCUUCUGACAAGUCUCUGGACAGAUCUUCGGAAUGGUGAGAACAUUACUUCACUUAGUAGUGAUAUGAGAUCUUAGCUCUGAAAUAAUGCGCUUUUUAUUCUGUUUAUAUGUCCUGCACAGUUGUAGAGUUCAGGAACAAAUUUGUUUGGGCAUCAAUAUAAAGUCUUUUCUCCUCACUCAUAAGAUAAUGAUUGUAUUCCCAUGAACAAAGGCCACACACACCCCAGAAACCAUGCUCUUGUUCAUUAUAGAUGUUUCAAAGAAGUGUUUAGAAGUAAAAUGGGAAUGAGUGAUACUUCCUCACUCUUGACUUCCAGAUCACCCGAGGGUGGAGAUGCUAACUUUUCCUGUGGGGAGAUAAGUAUUCUGUUUUUCCCAAGUUCUGUACUGUCAUCACUGAUGUUUUCAGACAGUAACUGUUACUGAUUUGUAGAUCACCCUUGCUAUGCCUACAUUCAUUCUUGAACCUUUGCUUCCAGGAUGAUUGAGCAUGACUACCGUUGCCCCUUUCCUUAGUUCAUGAUGUGUUGGUUGUUAAGCAUGCAAUAGGCCCGAGAUGAGGAGUAGUGUAAUGGUUGUUGAUAUCAUCAAGGCACUGAUGCCUCGUUACACCUGGGAAAGGUCAUUUUCUUUCCCUGUGCAGUUCAUAAGGGGUAAAAGCAUUUGCAGUGUUCCCUACUAUGUGAAACAUUGGAGGUUCCCCCAAAAGUCUUCUCCCUUCCCCUCCUCCUCAGUUUUUUGACAGUAUCUUUCCCAUUCAUAUCAACUAGUCAGCUCAAGAGAGGAAGGCAGAUGGAUGAACUCGCAGAUGUGUGCGACAUUAGUACGGAAGAUACCCUAGAAGAUAAAAUCUGUUUGAAAUGUCUUUCUUUGGGGAUACAGCAUUAUACAUAUGAAUAAAAGUGUUUAUACAAUCUAAAGUGCACAUGGUUUCAAUCCUUCAUUUUUCACUAACAAGUCUCCCCACCGGUGUAAUUUCGGUGGACAUGAAUCCAAGCCACCUCUACUUUAAUCACAUUGUCUUACACAGCUUAUUUAAUUUUACUCUGUAAAAUUAAUCACCUCUACUGUUCUUUUGUGGGUCAUAUGAUGGCUACAGGGAAAAACAAGUCCAUGUAAACUGCACAGCCUGUGUAGAACUGACUAUGUAAACUUCAUCCUCAAGUUAGUAGGGAUCAGUGUAUAAUAGCCAGUUGCCAUGGUAGCCUUUUGAGCAGUUGAGAUUGGCUGUCAGUGCCAAAGCUUCCUUAUCACAUUUGUGCACAGAAUUCCUGUUAAUGUAUUUUCACAUUAGAUGUCUAUGUUUAAAUAAAAGCAGCACUGUGCUCUUAUAGAAUAUUUAACAAGAUGCCUCACUGUUCCUACUCUGUACCUAACCUUUAGCAGAAAAAUUGUCUGUGCACAUACUAUAGGCCAGGGUAAGGGGUUACCUUACCAGCUGAGUAGAGUUGGUUCUCUUUAACAUACCAUACUAAAGUUAAAAGCACGGUGUUGCAACGUCCUUAGUAUGGAAAAGAGGCAGGAGUUAUGAAGAACUGCAGGGGAAAAAAGGCCAUUUUAGAAUUUGUAUAAAACCAGAAAUAUAUACAGUAGCAUUAACUCCAUUCAUAUUACCGUAUUUUUUGCCCUAUAGGAUGCACUUUUUCCCCUCCAAAAAUGAAGGGGAAAUCUGGAUGUGUCCUAUGGGGCGAAUGCAGGCUUUCGCUGAACCCUGGAGAGCGAGUGGGGUCGGUGCCCACCCACCCCACUCGCUCUCCAGGCUUCAGGAAGACAUCCGCAGCCUAGGCAGCCCUGUGGGAGUUCCCGCAGGGCUGUCUAGGCUGCGGAUAGCAGCCUGCUUCCCGGAGCGCCGGGCACGCUGAAAGCAGAGCGCCCAGCGCUUCGGGAACACAUCCACAGCCUAGGCAGCCCUGCGGGAGGUCCCGCAGGGCUGCUCUAGGCUGUGGAUAGCAUCCUGCCACCCGGCGCGAGGGGCGCCCUGAAGCAGAGUUCCCCUCGCACCGGGCAGACAUACGAAGCGUGGGGAGCCCAGCAGGAGUUCCCCACAGGGCUCCCCAUGCUGCGGAUAGCAGCCUGCCGCCCGGCACGAGGGGCGCCCUGAAACAGAGCGCCCCUCGCGCCGGGCAGACAUCCGCAGCGUGGGGAGCCCUGCAGGAGUUCCCCGCUGGGCUCCCCACGCUGCGGAUAGCAGCCUGACGCCCGGCGCGAGGGCGCCCUGAAGCAGAGCGCCCUCGCGCCGGGCAGACAUCGGCCAGCCCCACGAGCUCAGGGGACAGCAGGGAGGCGCAGCGCCGCCAUCCCGCUGUUCCUCGACCUGGUUCAGUUUCCCCGACCUGGUUUUGGGGGGGAAAUAAAGGAAAAAAACUAGGUGCGUCCUAUGGGAUGGUGCGUCCUAUGGGACGAAAAAUACGGUAUAUAUAAAGCAGGAGAUGGGGGUCUUAACACACCAGUAAAUUUCUUGGGAGUGAGGAACUCAACAUUCCUCCAUAGGGUUCCUCACACUUCACUAACUAUCCCAGACACUUUUCUGUUGGUCCUGAUACUGAAAGUGAGUCAGGAACACAGAAAAGUGGCUGGAGUAACAGUUUACUUGAAUGAUUAUCUUACCCUAUAUGUGCCCACUCGAAUGUUUCAUAUUUUAUAUUGAAUAUUUUGAAUCAUUUUAUGUAAACUGUUUAAAGGUUGGUAAAUUAAACAGUAUAUAAAUAUUGUUAAAUAUACAUUUGGGUUUGUGGGGAUUGUUUUGUCAGAGCUUAUUUUGAUGAUAAGUGAAGGACCAGGCUGAGAACUACAAUAGACGAAAAGUUCUUGUGAGAUAAUUUAAACAAAUGAAGAAGUGAGCAAUGAAUGAGGCUAGGUUUUGUAAGGGAAUUGAGUUAUAAAUGCAUGGUGAUUUUUAGCAUGAUUGUUUUUUUAAAAUAGUUUAUUAAGGGCCUUAUAAUUGAAACCAAGGAAAAUAACUUACAGAUAUUACUUGAUUUGAGGGGCAACUGCCAUUACGUACUGGAUAAUGUUAAACACCACAAUUUUCCAUCUUUUAUAGGGAUUCUAUUUUGAAGAACUUCUAACUGAAGAAGAUAAUGAAAAAAAAGUCUGAUAUCUAUUAUAGAAAUGCAAAUUCCAAAUUGAACUCAGGGUUUGCUAAAACGAUUGUUUUAAUCCAAUUGAUGGUGGAUAAGGUUCAAAAUACUUCUUAAAAGAAGGAGUGUGCACGCACAAAUAUUUUAUUUUAGCCACUGGAAUAUAAGUUUUAAUAUGCUGUUUUAUGCAACCAAUAUCCACUCUUAGUACAUGAAACUGAAAAGAAAUGUGAAGAUGACUUCAGCUGCGUGCUGUCAAAGAAACAUUAUUAAUGAACCUAUCAAUGUAAAGAUGAAAACAGAAAACAGUUUAUCCUUUCUUUUAUCUGUUGUAGCUUGAUUGUAUGCCGGCUAUGUUAUGAAACAUUUUUACUUCAGGAGGAAAGACAUUUUAAAGAUGAAUUAUAUUUAAUAUAUGUGGUUUAAUUUUGAAUACAAAUCUGAUGUUAAAUUAAUUAGUGGCUUGGAUCCUAACUUCCAUUCUGUGAACAGCAUUCACAUUCACUGAACAGAGCUCUACAACCUCCUUACAGAAAAUCUGGUUCUGGAGAUUGCGGGACCCUUAGGAAAUGGGUCAGAUAUAGUAUGGCAGGGCUGCAGAUGGAGGGGGAGUUUAUGGAAAUCACACUCAUCCCUUGUGUGAAGAGAAAAGUAACUUAGGAUUCAGUCCAAAGUAUCAAGAAGCAAUUUGUUUUUAAAGUUAAACAAACAACCAACAGUCUACUUAUAGAAAUAAUAGUGUCAGCUCCUAUUUCAUAUAUAUCCAUUAACAGCGAUGUGCUGGCUCUGCAGCUAUAUAACCCAUUCUAAGCAUUAAGUAUUUUGAGGAGACAGCAGGUCUUCAUCAGGCUGUAACUGGGUAACCUGUUUAAAUUCUGAAUAAUGUCACAGUGUCUAAGAAAGUGUAUUUGUAAUGGCCAUUAAAUAUAUAAUUUGUAAAUAAUAAAAACCCCAUUAACACUUGUUUUAAUUUGCAGUUGACAAAAAUGCAUACUGACAAUAACACAUAUUCAGCUAUGAAAAUUACAUUAUUUAAAGUACAGACAUUGUAAAUGUUAUUUAACACUAUAAAACAUUCAUUUAAUAAGAAUUGUUCCAAUUUUUCCUUAUUAGAAGCCACUUGUUUUAUUAUAAUGAAACACAAUUCCUUAUUCAGUGCAUCUGAAAAAGAUAGUUUUCAGUAGUCCUUUCUUUUGUAUAUUAAGCCAAUUUCUAAUUAUGUUUCAUCUAAGUGCUUGCUUGUUUUUUGAGAUGAUGGACAUAAAAUGAUUAAGCCCUUUACAGUAUUGUUUCCAUCUCCAAAAGCUUUACAGAACUUUAAAUCCUAAAAAUGUAUUGAAACCUCCCUCACCCCAUCCUUUUAAAGCUACAUAUGCAAGUAUGUGUAACAAGAUGGAUUUAUAAACUUUAUAUAGAAAUAUAUUAAUUCUGAAAAACUUCCCCAGCAGCUUUAUUAUUCAACACAUUUCAUUCCUUCCUACCAGUUACGACUCAGGGGAAAGUCAAAUUUUAAUUUUAAUUGUAAAAUGUUCCUUGCAAGCACAUAACAAAGAAAAAUUAAAGCUGGUGUUUAUAGAAUUGUAAGGGCAUGCCCAAAGAUUCCAGUUUGACCCCUCAAUUCAAAAACCUAUCUUUGUAGUACCACUUAAGCAACAAAAUUGCUUUAUCAUAGUGCUUUUGAGAUUCCUUCUGACUUUACUAAAAUAUUACCUUUCUAGACCCUAUAGGUUUCCUGCUUCUGUGCAACUAAUCUUACUUUGUAAUAUGUGAAACUGAAUCCUUGUUCUAAAAUUGUCAUCACUUUAAAGGGGAAAGGAAAAGGAAGAGCCAAAAGAUAUCAAAUAACUCCUUUCUAGAGAGGUAACAAUUCUCACUCUUCUUAUAAUCCUUUGGGUGAAGAACCAGUGAACUGAGAAUUCAUCAUUCCUUGCUAAUCUUAGUGAUGAUGUUUUCAUUUAUCAGUCUUCUCGCAAUCCAAAAAGGAAACAGAUGUGUCGUUGUAUUCAAAUCAGUGCUGAACCAAUGGUUUCCUCCACUUCUGUUAUUCUGAGCAUUAUAUUACUUGCCUUUGCUUAAUUCUCUGACUGUUGUAAGAAUGACAUUUAUUCUAUAAGAUAAAUUCAUAAAAUUUGGACACUGUUUGUAACAGACUUCAUUGUAUAUACCUGUGCAAAUGAAUGCGUGAAUCAAACCUAAGGUAAGAUUCUUUGUUAUCAAAACUUCUCUCACCACUUUUUUUAUCAGCAUAAAGGUGCCAGGUUUGACACUAAAUAUGGGGAAAAAACCUUUUUCUAAGAGUCAAUAUUUACAAGGCAGAAUAUAUAAAGGUCAAUAUGAGCAACUUGCAAGUAUAUGUAUGACCAAGGUGUUAAUUGCUAUAAUCCCCUCCCCACAAACUAACUUCUCCCAAUACUUCUUUGGCACUGAAAGAAGUGAAUCAGAUAGCAUGUGUGUGCAUACAAGAAAACUUGAUUUCUGUAUAACUCUGUUUUUAUUUAGUGUAAUUACAUUGGCAUUUAAGUGCAACUAGUUCCCCCCCUCAAACAGGUAGAAAAGUUUGCUGAUCAGUAUGGCAUGAUGACAACUACAUUGUCUUUGGAGUCUUCCUAUGAAAUAAUAAAUUCAAUGUAAUACUGGCCUGGUUCACACAUAACAGGAAACCAUGGUUUCUUACCAUAUGAACAAGCUGCAGUAAGCCUUGGACUUAAGUGCUACUCCUCUCUCAAUAUAUUUUCAGAUUCUGAUUUGUUCUCACUGACAAGUUUAAACACUUACCCAGCUUUGGACAAAACGAGGCUAGAGAAGCUGCACAAUUCUAUGGGAUAACUCAUGGUUAAUUCAGUAUUACGUGUAAAUCAGACCAUGGGUCUUUUUCUGCAGGUUUACAAUUCCCUGGUUUCUUUUAAAACAAAUAAAUAAAUUGUACAACUCCCCA